CUUCUGAUAACUCACUAUCACUUGUAUGAUCUGAUUCCAUGUAUUCGUCUUCUGAGGCACUGUCUAUAUCACUAAAGUCACUUCCUUCAUCCUCAAACCAUUUUAGAACGGUUUCUUCGAACUCCGGAUCAUCGUAUCGUACACGUUUAGGGCGUAUGCACAUAGAAAGCUGGUUACCGGCGCCGAUCUAGCAGCGCUUAUCGGAACCGGUGCGCGCAGGCAGCCGGCGCAGGCAGUUUCUAUACUUUGUGUCGAAACAGCGCCGAUAAGCGCCGAACGGCGCUGACAAGUUUUGACCGGUUCCGACCUGCGCCGAUAAGCGCUGGUAAACUGCCAUUUGCGGCUUAAUUUUCAAGGGAACAACACCGCGUUUAAUAAUAUGGUUAUUGAUAUACUGAUUUCGUUAGUUUUUAGUAAACCACCUGUUUGGGAUAAAAGAGACAAAAGGCAUUCAAACAGAUACGUGAUGGAUAAAUGCUGGAGGGAAAUAAGUGCCGAGAUGGAUGUAGACGAAAACAAACUGAGGAAGAAAUGGAAAUAUUUAAGGGAUCAGUUCGCGACUGAAUAUGGGAAAGUUCCUGCUCCUCGAUCUGGAGAUGAAGCUUCGACUUCGUAUGAGCCGAAAUGGCCAUAUUAUUAUUCCCUAAUGUUCCUGAAAGAUAUUGUCAAAGCAAGAAAUUCUUCAGGAAAUUUAACCAAAUCGUUGAAACGUGCUUCAUCUAGCAGAUCUGUAGAACAGACUAAUAAUUCCGACGACAGUAAAGACAAUGAUACGAGUACACAUCAUGCACUAGAAGAAAACAGUAAUGACACCAAUUCAGUUCCACGUAACAAAACAAAAACAACCAACCCAUUCAAUCAAAGUAUGCUAGAUAUUGAAAGAAAAAAGUUGGAAUACCUGGAACAAAAAGCGAGAAAACUUGAAGACGAUGAACAUCUACUGUUUCUGAAAAGUCUUUUGCCUCAUAUUCGUAAAAUUCCACAAGAGCGGUUGCUUUCGUUUAGAAAUGAUAUUCAAAGAACAGUUGACAUUUAUGCAUACCAGUCCCAGUUCCCGCGACUCUCACCUUCAACUCUCUCUAGCUGCUCUACGGAACCACGUGCAAUUCAGUCUACACGUCAGACACCAGAACCAUACACAACCCAAUCAGCAGCACAGCCAUUCCACUCAACACCAAUCCCACGCCAUACACCAGAAUUACAAGCAACUCAACCGGAAGCACAAUCAUUCUACUCACCGCCAAUCACACCUCACACACCAGAAUCACACGCAACUCAAUCUGUAUCAGAAGCAUUCCAUGCGCCAAUAAUCACAUAUUUACAGUCUUUCGCUGAGGGCCUAUCAGAAUACCCUGAUAAUUAAAUUAAAAAUGUUUGAUACGUACCGAAUGGUAACAACAAGUCUUUCUUCUGGGAGAAUAGGUUGUUGAUGCCAAUUACACCAGUUUUUUAUCAAUCGAUGUUCUACUUUAUCCAAAAUGUAGUAAAAUGUUUCUGGAGUCAUUCUUGUAUAUCUAUAAAAUCUUUGUUUGUCUGCUUUAAUGUCUUGAAAUAAAUGAUGAUAUUCUCCGUAAAUUUUUCUUUUUCUAUUUAUGGGGUGUACACUUUGUUUGCGCAUUUUGAGAAACACAUUUUCUAAUAGAAAUAUAUCUUCAUCUGAGGAGCUCGACAUUUUGCUCGCUGCUCAGAGAGACACAAAGCAUAGACAGAGAGACGCC